AUGGGCAUCAAUCGUGUUGUCGAAUUUUGGACGAUAAUCGGGCUUGUCUCGUCAGGAGUUGUCAACGCCGUCGCUGUCAACCCUUUACCGGCACCAACGUCAAUAUCGUGGGGAGCUUCCGGUCCGAGGGCGUUCAAUGGACGAAAUCUCGAGCUCAGGGGCUCUCCGAACAAGAUCGUGUCUGAUGCCUGGGAUCGAGCGUACAGUGCAAUCGCCCUGCACUGGGUUCCCCAAGCCACCGAAGCUCCCAUUGGGACGUUUGCCCCCUUUCCAACAGCUGCAGCGGCGAAAAAAUCGAAGCGGGGGACGACAACGCUCAACUCUGUCACGGUCAAGAUCACCGAUAGCAGGGCUCCUCUCCAGCAUGGCGUCGACGAAUCCUACACUCUGGAUAUCAAAAACACGUCGCAGACCGUCAGUAUCACAGCCAAGACCACAUGGGGUGCACUUCACGCCUUCACGACUUUGCAGCAACUCGUGAUUUCGGACGGGAAGGGUGGUCUGAUGAUCGAGCAACCGGUCUCUAUCAAAGAUGGACCCCUCUACCCGUACCGAGGGAUCAUGAUCGACUCGGGCCGGAACUUUAUCUCGGUGAAGAAGAUCUACGAGCAAAUCGACGGGAUGGCGCUGUCCAAGUUGAACGUGUUGCAUUGGCAUCUAGUUGAUUCUCAGAGCUGGGCUGUCCAGUUGACUUCCGAGCCUUCGAUGACCGUGGACUCUUUCUCCUCGAGAGAAAUAUAUUCCCAGAACGAUAUCAGAGAUGUAAUCAGAUACGCAACCGACCGCGCCGUCCGAGUGAUUCCGGAAAUCGACAUGCCCGGUCAUGCCGCUUCCGGCUGGAAGCAGAUCGACCCAGCAAUAGUCGCCUGCGCUGAUUCCUGGUGGUCCAAUGACAACUGGCCGCUCCAUACAGCUGUAGAGCCCAACCCCGGUCAACUCGAGAUACUGAAUCCAGACACGUACAAGGCCGUUUCGAACGUGUACAACGAGCUCUCUUCCCUGUUUACAGACAACUUCUUCCACGUCGGUGGCGACGAGAUCCAAACCGGCUGCUACAACCUCUCCACCCUCACGACAGAGUGGUUCGCCGCCAAUGCCUCCCGAACCUACGACGAUCUCGUCCAGCACUGGGUCGACAACGCCCUCCCGAUCUUCACUUCCCCCACCUCCAAACCCGCCUCUAAAAACAAAACCCGCAAACUCAUCAUGUGGGAAGACGUCGCCAUCGGGACGCCGCACGCCCACACCCUGCCCACCGACAUCGUCAUGCAGACCUGGAGCCAGGACCGCGCCAACAUCAAGAAGCUCGCCACAGCCGGCUACGACAUCAUCGUCUCCUCAUCCGACUGGUUCUACCUAGACUGCGGCCACGGCGGCUGGGUCAGCAACGACCCCCGCUACAACGUACAGUCCAACCCGGACGACGCCGUUCCGAACUUCAACUACGGCGGCGGCGGCGGCUCCUGGUGCGCCCCCUACAAGACGUGGCAGCGCAUCUACGCCUACGACUUCGCCGCCAACCUCACCGCCGCCGAGGCGCAGCGCGUCAUCGGCGUCACGGCCCCGCUCUGGGCCGAGCAGGUCGACGACCAGGUCAUCUCGCAGAAGCUCUGGCCGCGGGCCGCCGCCCUGGCCGAGCUGGCCUGGUCCGGGAAUCGGGACGCUGCGGGUCGGAAGCGCACCACGGAGCUGACGCAGCGGAUCCUGAACUUUAGGGAGUAUCUCGUUGCGUUGGGCGUGGGCGCUGCGCCGCUGAUGAGCAAGUACUGCGCGCAGCAUCCGCAUGCGUGUGAUUUGUAUCGGGAUCAGACGGCGUUGUAUACGUCGAUGUAG